CCAAGGCACACGCUGGCAAGAACAACGGCACAGCGGAGAGAGGAAAAUAUUAACCCUGCCCUCCCUGCCAGCCCAACAACGGGAUCUUCACCCCCGUUCCAGGCUUUUAAAAGCUGUUGUGCGCGCUGUCACCUGAAAGAGAGGUCCAAUCGGUUCUGCAGUAAGAGAAAAUGAACGGUGACUUUGAUGGGAGAACCAUGAAAGACGAAGCACGCCUGAAACGUCAGCAGCACCUAAAGAAACAAAGAAAUGCCAUCACCUACCGGAUUAAGAAACUGGCAGCCAAGCAGGUGGAGAUAACAAAAAAGGCAGACGCACUGAAGGAGAAGAUAAAGAAGAAGUAUGAGGACAUGAAGCGGGUGCUGAACGAGGACAUGCGGAUCACACUGACCCAGCUGGACACGGAGCAGGAGGCCACGGAGAAGCUGCUGGAGCAGAAGAUAGAGGACUGCUACCACCUCACCCAGGAACUGGACCAGGAACUGGACCAGGAACUGAGCCAGGAACUGGCUGAGGUCAAAACACAGGAGGCUGACGUCAAGUUUCAGCAAAAUGCAGAAAAAGAAAAAAGGAUGUCCGAGGCAUUUAAACUGACCGACCCUGAUCUGAUUCGGACGGAUGAUUUCAAGAAUGACCAGCUGCUGAGUAUUACCAUCAAUCUGCUGCUCUUCAUCAGAGCCCAGGUCCCUGUGACCAAGAAGCUGUUCCAGAGCUGUGCUUCAGAUAUUGCCCUCGACGCCGACACCGCACACCCCAAGCUGAUCAUCUCCCCCGAAGGUGACUCCGCCACGUACACAGACACCUGGCAGGACGUCCCAGAUACCGCCUCCCGCUUUGACAACACGUUAAACGUGGUCAGCCAGCAAAGCUUUAGCGAGGGUCGCCACUACUGGGAGGUGGAUGUGAGUGAAAAGACGUACUGGGAGCUGGGGGUCACCUACCCGAGCAUCCCCCGCAAGGGCCGCGCGGAGCAGUGCUGGCUGGGCCGGGGCAAAGAGUCCUGGGGUGUAGAGUACUUUAAUGGAGACUACACCGCCUGGCACGGUGGCAUUCAGCAUGUCCUGCCUCUGCUUGCAGGAAGAAAAUUCAUCCGAAUCGGGGUGUACUGCAGCUUCCCUGGGGGUCUGAUGUGCUUUCUAGGAGCCGAUACCAUGACACCCCUGCACUGCUUCUGUGCUGGGACUUUCAGUGAGUCCCUACAUCUGGCCAUAUGUCCCGGUCAUGCAAAUGAAGGCACGAACUGGAAGUCCCUGAAGAUUUGUGACGCUACCCGUUCAGCUCCUGUUCUGUGAGGCGGGGCGUGAAGGACAGGUGUUCAGGAAUGUGUUGUGCUCGUGGGGCAUGCGCAUCAGCUGCCUGAGCUGGCAUUCCUGACUUGUGACACAACCUGAGAUGUGACUACUGUGUGUGCCAGCCUGGCCUAUAUUUACUGUGGGGAUUUUUACAGCAUCUCUAUUUUGGAUUCACAGAUCAUGUUGUUUAUUUGCAGCCACUGCACUGAGACUUCCCAUCACAGUAGACGAGCUAAACCUAACAGGACUGGGUCGUUUUUAAACUGAGCCUAUUUCUAUUUACAGUUGAAUCAGUUCUUCUGAUGGGAAAUUGGAAAGAGAUAUUGGAAUGGUUGAGAUUUAGUUAAACUGAUGUUCUGGUUGCAAAAUGUCUUUAAUAAACCCAAGCGUUGUGAAAAGGCAGAAUCCUAAUACUGGGAAUUCAUCCCCAUCUACAAAAUCUUCAAAUGUCAACCUCUGAGGAAUUUAUGUUUAAUAAAAAAUCCUUUGAUAUUAAACUUUCA